AUGGCGGCGGCGGAGGCGAUCUGCGGCGAGGACGAGCCGGCCCCGCGCGGGGACCCGGCGGCCGAAUGCGCGGAAACGGCCGCGGCGGGCGGCGGGAUCGAGCGGCUGGAUCUCGGCGACGGGCGGGCGGCGCUGGUGGCGGGCGGGAAGCGGAGCGUCUACCUCAUGGACUGCGAGCCCGUCUGGGGCUGCGUCGCCACGCCCGGCCGCGGCGGGGAGAUGGAGGACGCCUGCGCCGCGCUGCCGCGCUUCGCCGACGUGCCCGUGCGCCUCCUCGCCAGGCGCCGCGACCUCGACGGCCUCGGCAUCGACGCCGACGCGCUACGCCUGCCCUCGCACCUCUUCGCCGUAUUCGACGGACACGGCGGGGCCGAGGUGUCCAACUACUGCCGGGAGAGGCUCCACGUCCUCCUGAGCAAGGAGCUGAGGCGGCCCACUACAGAACUCGGCGAGAUGAGCGACGUGGACAUGAAGGAGCACUGGGAGGACCUCUUCGCCCGGUGCUUCCAGCUCGUCGACGACGAGGUCUCAGGGCUCUCCACCAGGCUCGUCGACGGGGAGCCCCGGCUCGAGCCCAUCACGGCCGAGAACGUGGGCUCCACGGCGGUCGCCGUGCUCGUGUGCUCCUCCCACGUGAUCGUGGCCAACUGCGGGGACUCGCGCAUCGUGCUCUCGCGCGGGAAGGAGCCCGUGCCGCUCUCCAUUGAUCAGAAGCCUGACAGGAAGGAUGAGCGCGCGAGGAUCGAGGCUGCCGGAGGCAAGGUCAUCCAGUGGAACGGUCACCGGGUGUCCGGCAUACUAGCUAUGUCUCGAUCAAUUGGUGACCGAUACUUGAAGCCGUACAUCAUCCCGAAACCAGAAGUUGCAGUUGUUGCUCGGGCUAAAGAUGAUGACUGUCUCAUUCUGGCCAGUGAUGGGCUGUGGGAUGUCGUGUCGAAUGAAGAGGCAUGCAAAGUUGCACGUCGGCAAAUCCAGCAGUGGCACAAAAAUAACAGUGUUACGACAUCAUCAUCAGAUGGAGGUGAUGGAUCUACUGAUCCUGCUGCCCAAGCAGCUGCUGAUUACCUUGCAAGGCUCGCACUGAAGAAAGGAAGUCAGGAUAAUAUCAGUGUAAUUGUGGUUGACUUGAAACCACGGAGAAAAGCCAAGAACAAUUCCUAACAUUGCUUAAAUACACCUGGACCCUUAUCUUUGUCUAGAGACUUGACCCACAUUUUUUUGUUGGGUUCCAAGAAUUGUACAUGUAUAUGGUAGAUGUAUUUUCAACCUAGGGGUUAUGAUUAAUUGUAUCCCCAUUUUGCA